AUGUCAUUCCAGAACCAGUCAAGUGUUCUUCAUAAAUUCAAGGGGAUUCUCUUUUCUACUAUGUCUUCAGAAGAACUUCUAAACUCCCUGGAUUUUUUCAGUGCAAGAGAAGAUGAUGUAUUUCUGGUGUCCUACCCAAAAUCUGGCACUCACUGGAUUGCAGAAGUCAUUGGGAACAUUCCCAAUGCUCGAAUGAGUCUUACAUCUCCCAUUGAGUUGGGAGACAUUUCUAACUUUGACGAGCUAAAAAUGAACUCUAAGAGAAGAGUUAUUCCCACGCAUUUGAGCUACAACAUGCUACCAGUGAAUAUUAAACAAAAACAAUGCAAGAUUAUCUACAUCAUUAGGAAUCCAAAAGAUACGGCCGUUUCUUUAUUCCACUACUACAGAGAUAACCCGAAUCUCCCUGGCAUUGAAACCUGGGCUGCAUUUUUUGAGCUUUUCCUAAGAGGAGAUGUUGUAUAUGGAUCCUGGUUUGAUCAUGUUUUAAGCUGGGAAGAACACAAAAAUGAUAAAAACAUUCUAAUUAUAUUCUAUGAAGAAAUGAAGAAAGAUCCUUCUAAAAGCAUAAAGAAAAUAACUACUUUCCUCGGUAUAAAUGUGAAUGACAGUGAAAUUAAUAAGAUUGCUCAGAAGACGUCAUUCAGUGAAAUGAAAAAUAAUGCGGCCAAAGAAAACUGUGAUCCAAAUCAUACCAUCUGUGCCCUCACAUCCAAUAGGAACCUGGUAUUUCGGAAAGGAGCAGUGGGUGAUUGGAUAAACUACUUUACUUCAAAGCAGAGGAGAGUAUUUGAUGAACUAUUCACAGAGAAAAUGAAACACAGUGAACUAGCAAGACACUUUGAAGAUGACUCUUAAUAUAAAUGGGGAAUGAAACUACCUUCCAGGGGCACCUGGGUGGCUCAGUAGGGUUAAACACCUGCCUUUGGCUCAGGUCACGACCACAGCAGUCCCUCUGGGGAGCUUGCUUCUCCCUUUCCCUCUGCCUUCCCCUGCACCA